AUGUCAAAGGAGCACGGACAUACUCCUGUCAACGGGGUUUCUGACGAGAGGAAGGGAACAGUCGACCUGAACGUUGAACCAUUAGAUUCUGAUACGAAUACGCCAGCAGAUACCAACAGAAUCGACCCAGAGGUAGACCGCACGAUCUCCCAUUGCAUCCUCAAGAAUGGGGACCAAGUUCGCAUAACAUGGACUUUAGAAGAAGAGGCUCGCAUUGUCCGAAAGUUGGAUAUUCUCUUUCUUCCCAUAUUCGCCUUGAUGUUUACAUGGAUGGCCAUUGAUCGCACAAACGUGUCAGGCGUGCUGACCUCGACCUUUCUACAAGAUACAUCCAUGACCCACGACCAGGCCAAUACAGGAGUUUCUCUUCUCUGGCUGGGAAUUGUCCUGCUCGAGAUCCCCUCCAACAUCGUGCUCCAUCGCAUAGGCCCACACUACUGGAUCCCAGGCCAAGUCAUUACCUGGGGCUUUAUCGAGGUACUGCAGUCCCAAGUCACCAAUGCCGGUGGGUGGUAUGUUGCGCGGCUAUUUCUAGGGCUGGCAGAGAGCGGGUUCAUCCCCGGGGGGCUGUACACGCUGUCGAGAUGGUAUGCACCCGAUGAGCUAACGAAGCGUACGGCGGUGUUCUUCCUUGGACCGUCUGUUUCGGCGGCAUUUGGGUCGCUGAUUUCAGCGGGAGCACUGACUCUACAUGGGAAGGGAGGGCUUAUGGGUUGGCAAUGGAUAUUUGUUAUCUGUGGCGUAUCUACCAUAUUCGUGGGCGUUCUGGCUCUCGCUUUAGUACCCAAGUCUCCCUACCACACAGGAAACCUGUUUGGCGGUUUGAUCCGUGUACGAGGCUGGCUCAACGAGCAUGAAGCCGAUAUUCUCACCGCACGUCAAGCGCGAAGAUCCGAUCAUCAUGCAGCUGGAUCGAAGCUCAAAAUCAGCUGGAAGGACAUAACCGACGUCCUCUUCCACUGGGCCACCUGGCCAUACCUAAUCACCUGCCUAUCCGGCCUACAGAGCGUCAACGGCCUAAGUACCUGGGGAACAACAAUAAUCAAGUCCCUCGGCUUCAGCAGUAUCCGGGCCAACCUCCUCAACGCCCCAGGGAGUCUGCUAUCCGCGAUAUUCGCUAUCGGGCUGUCCGCCACUGUCGACCGAUAUAACCGGUUCGGGUAUCCGAUUCUGUUUGCGGGCGUGUGGACGCUCGCUGGCCUUGUGGCGCUUUAUUCCCUCCCAGUGCAGUCCGAGAGCUCGUGGUCGUUCUAUGCAGCGUACUUGAUCACCCAGGCCGCUCCAGGCUGGCAGCCGAUCAACGUAACCUGGCUAUCACGCAAUUUCGCAACACCCCAGAAGCGAGCCGUGGCGUACGCAGUAUACAUUGGAUGUUCAAACCUAGGCGGCACGUACGGAAACCAGGUAUUCAGGGCUAGCGACGCCCCUGGUUAUCGCAAUGCAUGGAUUGCCUGUAUCUCCCUAGGCGCGGUCUGGCUCGCCGUGACGCUAUUGCAGAUAAUUGCAUUCAAGUGGGCGAAUAGACGAGCCGCACGGGCUUCUACGCAGAGCUGGGAAUCAGAGGGUGCUUACAACGAUGGGCAGGGGCGGAAAUAUCGUUACUAUUGGUAA